AUAUUAGUCUAUACCACCGAAGAAACUAUAAACAAAUUAUAGACUUUAACGUAUCUAAAAACUCAUUAUCACUUACAUUUGAAUUGCCCACCAAACUUGAGCGCAGAAUACGGAAAUACCAAGCACGCGAACAAGUAAUUUAUUCCCGCCUCGACAAUGGGUUCACCACGGUUCGCACCAAAAUAUAUUACAGCGAAAAAUGGGUCAUCCCGAUAAAUGGCCUGUUUGAGAAUAUUUUAGAACCACCGUGCUAAUAAAAACUUGUUGCCUGGAUCGUGCUAUUCAGAGAAUUCUAAACGCAAUCAAAUGGAUUAAGGUCGUUUUAUGAAAUAGGAAGAUAGACCAAUAACUUUCUGCACGUUACUUCACUAAACUAUAAGUAAAAAACAUACUCAGUAAAAUCACUCAGAAUAAUAUUCAAAAAAAGUAAAAUUUCUCCAUGGAAUAUAUAUUAUGACUAACCAAGAGAAAAAUAUCAGCUAAAUUAAGUUAUCAAUUUCGUCUAAAGCCAAGCAUGCAAUACAUGCUUUAAAACUACGGAAAUAAUAAUAAUUGCAACAAAAUGUUAUAAUAUUUAUUCAACUAUUAAUCAAAUCAUUUAUUCGUUCUAACAAAAAGAUGUGCUACCUAUUUAUGUUGAUUUAUAAGUCAAAGUCAAAACAAUACUCAAGUAAGAAACCAAGAUCGAUCACUUUUGGUUAACACAAAUUACAGUUUGAUAUUCAUCUUACAAAUAGUAGCGUCUAACAUCAAAUUAUUCCCUUUCAUAACUAACCUAAAGAGGGUUGACAGAAAGAGCAAGCAUUCGCUACAUCAUUUGAGUACAUACGUACAGUGUGUCUAGGUGAUUAUUUCGUGAAUUUCAGACAUAAACAAUUAUAAUCUGUUUAUAUACAACGCACGUACCUCGGCAACAAUGGUACUUACCUACGUUACGGAGCGUAACUUUUAAAUAGCUUCAAAUAAAUUCAACUCAGUGACUCGCAAACAGCUUAUUUUAUAAAUUGGCAAAGAUAACUUAUAACAACUUCCUAACUUUCUUACCGAUUCAAAAUCAAUGAAUACAUGUACCUAUGAAUGCUCACUCUAGUCCGCUUAAUUCUAUUAGGAAAGGGAUACUGUAGUAACAAUUUACCUAAGUAAGAACAUCGGUAAUGAAGGAACAUCGGUUCGCAUUAACUGCGCCUCUAAUCACAGUUUAUUUAAAAGAAAUCGAUAGAAAGGGGCCAAAAUACUAGAGAGGGUACCGCGAACAAAAUAAUGCUCCAUUUUACGGAUUUCUGGGGAUUCCAUACAUUGUCAGGCUCCUUUUAUUGACCUGAUUUCUGUAAAAGUUUUUGUAUUUUAUUUAGAUAAAUUAUGUUCUAUAAAUUGAUAGAUAUCUCUAUUUCCCUGAUAGAGGACAACAGUAGCCGAGUAGCUAUCUACAAUUUAAAGAAUUUCCUUAACAAGACCAUCCCGCCCCCAACCCGCCACUGCAACUUCUUUAAGACGGGAUUGGCAGUGCUACGGUAUUUAACACCGAGACGUGAAACAAUGCUAAUCUCUGCGAGCACUAAUCAGUUAUUAACCCGCACGAAAGGUAAUAAAAAAAAACAUGAGUUGGGAAUAUUUAUUUUCCACUUUUAUGUAAGGGAACGAGCGAGAAGGCGAAACUGCGAGCUAGACCGCGGCGAGUUAUCUGUAGUGCGGUUGUCUCCGGUUAAGAGCAAACCCCGGGCUGUGAGCCUGGUGCGGUCACCGCGUGCCCCUCCGAUUCUCGAACUUGACACCGUUCUGGAGGAACGAUCCGACCCAGAACAAACCACUUUAUCACAAGUGGAAAUAACACCAGAUCGUGAAGUGGGCGCCAUAUUGUUUGGGGCGGUCGGAGCAGUGGGCACAGCGGCGGCAGCGACGAUGUGCGCGCGGGACAGCUAGCGGCGGGGCUCGGCGCAGCUCGGCGCCCGCUCGCCGCUCUGGGCCGCGCUCACCAGCCAGCCGCUGGACGAGGACGACGCUGAUGAUGAUAUUACCGUCGACGAUAGCUAACAGCUCGACGAGCGCUCCGUCACCGACAUCGGCGAGCGCAUGAAGUUAUUCUUGGACAUUCCCCUUAGAUUUUAGUUGUGUCACGACUGUGUUUUCAUUACCUACGAAUUUUGAGACGAUCGUUAGUAAAGUUAAGGCAAUUUUAUUGCCUUGUAAAUAGUGUCGCUAUAAAAAUGUAGCUAUUUACAUUUAAAAGCCAAAAUUAGGUUAAAUAAUGCAUUGUCGUUUGUACCUUUAGGUACCCAUUAAAUUGUUACCUAGAUAAUUGUUCAUAUAAGAUUUAGACCUGCACAUAGAAUGAUCUCAGCAUAACAUCAUUAUAUAUUAGAUUACUUUUAAAUCACUCGAAUUUAUACUUACUUAUUUUGUUCUAUGAUUAACUACAAUAGAAAACUCAUAAUUACACGGGGACAGUUAAAUAUUUCUUUAAGUUACUUCAAAUUACAGAAAUUGGUAAAAUAUAAAAGUUAUUUUUUUUACGUGUUUCUAUGACUGUAUAUUAGAAUUUGUAUACAAUGUAAAUAAAUUUCCUAAAAUUAUCACCUACCUACUAUAAAUGUAAAAUAUGAGUCUGUGUUUUAUGACACUAUAACGUACUCCAAGUAAAGACAAAAGUAUUCAAUCUUACGUGGUCUUCAUGUUAUUUAUUAUUAAAUGACUUAUAUAAGAAUAAUAUAAAAUUAAGGAGUAAAAAAGACCAACUUCAUAUAGGUAAUUUGCAUGUUAUGUAGAAAGGUGUGUAUAUAAUAUUAAUGCACUGUAUCUAAAAAUAAAUACUUUAGAAAUGUUUUUAUAACAAUUGCUGGCUGAUAUCAAUUUACAUACUCGUAAUUACCAUCGAGCUUUAACAACCUAGGAUAGGUAGGGAGAUUAAUUUAGAUCAAAUUAUUCUUACGCUGUCUUUACUGUUUAGUGUAAAAAUAAAUAAUUAUUUGUAAACAAUAUAUUAUGCAAAUUAAUAAA